CUACUGGAGGAGGGGGAGGCGCUGGAGGGUGGAGUGCACACCUGUCCAGGUGCUCAGGAACUGCAAACACAGGCUCUGCUGGGGCUGCAGCGGAACGGAUCAACAGGUGGACUGCUCCAGAGCCUGGACGUGGUGCUGGCACUGGAGCGGCCUGCCCACGGUCCGGCUGCCCGUCCUCACAGAGCCCAUGGAGGAGCUGGUGGGGCUGCGUGAGGGCUCCUCGGGGAAGCCCGUGACUCUGCAGGAGCUGUGGGGCCCGUGUCCCCGCAUCCGGGGACGCAUCCGACGCAGCCUGGAGUGGCUGAAGGAGAAGCUCUUCCGCGUGGACGAGGACUGGUACUUCCUGGCCAUCCUCGGGGUGCUCAUGGCCCUUAUCAGCUAUGCCAUGAACUUCGCCAUCGGCCGCGUGGUGCGAGCUCACAAGUGGCUAUAUGGAGAGAUCGGGGACAGCCACCUGCUGCGGUAUCUCUCCUGGACUGUGUACCCAGUGGCCCUCCUGUCCUUCUCCUCUGGCUUCUCCCAAAGCAUCACGCCCUUCUCUGGAGGAUCUGGAAUCCCGGAGCUGAAGACCAUCUUGUCAGGUGUGAUUUUGGAGAACUACCUGGAUAUCAAGAACUUUGGAGCCAAGGUGGCUGGUCUCUCCUGCAUGCUGGCCACGGGCAGCACCAUCUUCCUAGGCAAAAUGGGCUCCUUCGUGCACCUGGGUGUGAUGAUUGCAGCCUACCUGGGCCGGGUACGCACCAGGACCAUUGGGGAGUCUGAGAACAAGAGCAAGCAACAUGAAAUGCUGGUGGCAGGAGCCACAGUGGGCUUUGCCACGGUCUUUGCAGCCCCCUUCAGCGGCGUCCUGUUCAGCAUCGAGGUCAUGUCCUCCCACUUCACCGUCUGGAAUUAUUGGAGGGGCUUCUUCGCUGCCACCUGUGGGGCCUUCACCUUCCGCCUCCUGGCAGUCUUCAACAGCGAGCAGGAGACCAUCACCUCCAUCUACAAGACCAGCUUCCCUGUGGAUGUGCCCUUUGACCUGCCUGAGAUUUUCUUCUUUGUGGUGCUGGGGGCCAUCUGUGGUGUCCUGAGCUGUGCUUACCUCUUCUGCCAGCGAACCUUCCUGGGCUUUGUCACUACCAACCGCUUCACUGCCAAGCUGCUGGCCACCAGCAAGCCUGUGUACGCUGCCCUGGUUGCCCUGAUUCUGGCUUCCAUCACCUACCCACCUGGCGUGGGUCACUUCAUGGCUUCCCGGCUGUCCAUGGAGCAGCUCUUGGAUUCGCUAUUUGACAACAACUCCUGGGCAUGGAUGACCCAGAACUCAUCCCUACCUUGGACUGCCGAGCCUGACCCCCAGAACCUGUGGUUGGAAUGGUACCACCCACGGCUCACCAUCUUUGGGACGCUAGUUUUCUUCCUGGUUAUGAAGUUCUGGAUGCUCAUUCUGGCCACCACCAUCCCUGUACCUGCUGGGUAUUUUCUGCCCGUGUUUGUGUAUGGAGCUGCUAUUGGGCGCCUCUUGGGGGAGGCUCUGUCUCUCGCCUUCCCUGAGGGCAUCGUGGCUGGAGGUGUCAUUAAUCCCAUCAUGCCUGGGGGCUAUGCUCUGGCAGGAGCUGCGGCCUUCUCUGGAGCGGUGACCCACUCCAUCUCCACGGCGCUGCUGGCCUUUGAGCUGACCGGCCAGAUCUUGCACGCCCUGCCUGUGCUGAUGGCGGUGCUGGUGGCCAAUGCCAUUGCUCAGAGCUGCCAGGCCUCCUUUUAUGAUGGCACCAUCAUUGUCAAGAAACUGCCUUACCUGCCAUGGAUUCGGGGGCGCAAGAUCGGCUCGUACCCCACGACGGUGGGACACUUCAUGAACUGUGCCAUCACCACCCUGGCCAAGGACACCCCGCUGGAGCAGGUGGUCAAGGUGGUGACCUCCACAGAUGAGGCCCAGUAUCCCUUGGUGGAGAGCACAGUUAAAGAAAGCGAUUUCCACCCUGACCAACCCACCAGCCCCCAAGUGAGCCGGCCUGGUCAGUGA